AUGGACAGUAAAUGGAUCACGGUCCAGCAAAAGACCUUUACCAAAUGGCUAAAUACUAAAAUCGAGACACGGAACUUGGAGGUGAAAGACUUGGUCGUCGACUUAAGUGACGGUGUCAUCCUCAUCCACCUCCUAGAAUGCCUCUCCAACGAGCCCCUCGGUCGAUAUGCCGCCAAGCCCAAACUCCGGGUGCAAAGGUUCGAAAAUGCAAACUUGUCCCUCGACUUCAUCAAGUCGAGGGGCAUCCAGAUGACCAAUAUUGGCGCCGAAGAUGUCGUCGACGGCAACCGCAAGAUCAUACUCGGCCUGAUAUGGACCCUCAUUCUGAGGUUUACCAUCAACGACAUCAACGAGGAGGGCAUGACGGCCAAGGAAGGUCUCCUGUUAUGGUGUCAACGUAAGACAGCAUGCUACGACGAGGUGGACGUGAGAGACUUCAGUGCAAGCUGGAACGAUGGCCUGGCUUUCUGUGCCCUACUCGACAUCCACCGGCCCGAUCUGAUCGACUACGAUGCGUUGGACAAGGCAGACCACCGCGGCAACAUGCAAAUGGCUUUCGAUAUUGCUCAUAAGGAGAUUGGUAUCCCCGCCCUUCUGGAUGUCGAGGAUGUGUGUGAUGUUGCCAAGCCUGACGAGAGGAGUUUGAUGACGUACAUUGCCUACUGGUUCCACGCCUUCUCACAAAUGGAAAAGGUCGAGAACGCAGGUCGUCGAGUCGAGAAGUUUGUCAACAACAUGCAAGGCGCCUGGGAGAUGCAGAGCAACUACGAGAGGAGGAUGGCAGCCUUACUCCAGCAAAUCAGAGAGCAAAUGGAGAGCUGGCAGCAUGCCACCUUCGAGGGAACCUACGUCGACGCGAAGAAGCAAGCCACCGAGUUUGCAUCUCACAAAAGGGGCAAGAAGCGUGAUUGGGUAGCUGAGAAGAGCGACUUGGCCACGUUAUUAGGCAACAUUAAGACCAAGAUGGCUACGUAUCGCUUAAGAGUGUAUGAGCCUCCACCGGAGCUAGCGUUGGAGGUAAUGGACCAGGAGUGGGCCAAUCUGACCAAAGCUGAGAUGAUGCGUGGUCAACUAAUCAACGAGACCAUCAGAGAGCAAAAUGCUCUCCGCAAAUCGUUUGCCGAUAAAGCGAAUGACUUCGCCAUGGCGCUCAACACCAUGCAGGUCGCCAUAUCCGGGCUCGACGGCGAUGUGGAAGACCAACUCCUACACGUCCGCAGACUAUCAGAGAACUUGCCGCCCCUCGAUUCCUAUCUAGACAAGAUUGCAAUCGUCGACGCCCAAUGCGAGGAAGCCAACAUUGAGGAAAACGACUUCACAACAUACACGUACGACGAGCUCUCGUACGAGCUAGGCCUCGUGAAGUCGUCAGUCUCUAAGAAACUUUCCUUCCUCGAGAACCAGAUGGUGGCCCGCAACAUGACGAACCUGACACCUAUCCAGCUCGAAGAGUUCGAGUCCGUGUUCCGCCACUUCGAUCGCGACGACACCAACUCGCUCUCUGAGCUCGAGUUUAGCGCGGCCCUCGCCUCACUGGGCCUCGUAUUCUCCGAGGACGAGAUGCACGACUACUUCAUGGACACGUCGCACGGGCGCGAUCGCGUCACCUUCGAGCAGUUCAUUCGUUUCAUGGUCGACGUAACCGAGGAUCAGAACACGGCCGAGCAGGUAUUCCAGUCGUUCCGUGAGGUCGCUGACGGGAAACCCUACGUCACGGAGAUGGACCUGAGGCACAGUCUGGUGCCCGACGAGGUUAUUGAGAAGCUGUGUGAGCUCGUCCCCGAGCACACGGGGCCGGAUAUGGCGCAGGAUCGCGGCGUGCCGCAGUAUGAUUAUAUUGCUUUUAUGGAGAAGUUGAUGAAUGAGCAGGGCGGGGCGCUGGAGGAUGUGACCAAUGGGAGGAGUAGUCCGACGAAAAGGACGAAUGGAUCGCACUAG